UUAUAAAGGGAUGACUUUUAAUUCAUCUCUUUAUUGCACCUCAUUAUGAAAGUGUGCUUAAUGCACAUUGUUACACGGCAAGCUGACAAAUAGUGUAUUGCUCAAUAUGUACUUUCUAUAAUGUCCAUCUAUUUUGAAUACAUCCUACUUCAGCGUACCUUCUCGUGCCACACACAGAUUUGAAAAAUGUCCUUUCCUCAUAAUACUCUGAAACAGUAUUUCAAGACAGUAACCAUCCUAAUAGGUUUGUGGCACAAUCCUACACUGUGGUGUGUUUGUUUAGCAGACUGUACUGUUCUCCUUUGUACUUGUACCUCAUUUUUCUCUCAUGUAACAUACUCCAGUGUUGUAUUGUGCGAGCACGGCUGUUGGCUCGCCGACAUUUAAAACUCCCGGAACGCAUUUUGGUGAGAUGCAGCAAGCUCGUCGACGUGCCUUGUGAGGCUCGGAGCGAAAUUUGCACCGCCUCCCUCCCAUUGGACAGCUUCUGCGCGAGGGCGCGGCGAGCAAGAAAUGUGAGCCUCGCGAAGCCAUGCCCUCCGCGAGGAGACAUGGAGCGCCGUGUACACGGGAUUCUUCUCCGAGCAAACGGGCGGCUGUGUCAAGUAGAAAAGUAGAAAAGCUCGGCGUUUGAAAAGGCGCACUUGGGGAGCAGAGCGGGCCCGUCGAGGAUGGAGAGUGCUUUUGACGCACAGAAUCUGAUCUCCAUUUCUUUGAGGAAAAUCCAGAGCUCCAGGACGCAGCGAGGAGGCAUCAAGCUCCACAAGAACUUGCUGGUCACGUACGUGCUGAGAAACGCCAGGCAGUUUUAUAUGAGCAAGAACUUGUCGCCCACGCCGCGGACGCGGCAGUACGAGGAUGUGGCCGCGGCCCGCGAGACGCAAGAGUACCUCCAGCUGAGCGGGGGCUUGACGGACUUGGCCAGUGACUUCUACUGCAACUUUGGCGGCGUCGACUCGGAUACUUGGCGCUGCGGAGCGGCUCAGCAGCAGCAGCAGCAGCAGCAACCCCCGCCGUCGCAGCGGCAGCACCACCACCAGCACCAGCAACCCGACUGCCAGUCUGUACAGGCGGCGCACCAAGGCGCGUCGGCGUGCGCGAUGGUUCCUCCGAGCGACUCCGCAGAGCUCAUGCAAGUGGCGGAAGGCUUUUGGACUUGCGCGGACAAACCCGCCUGGGACUCACUGCACGGCCCGAGCGCGCAGGUCAACCACAAGACCGUCCUGGACCUGGACACGCAUGUGGUCACCACCGUCACCAAUGGAUACUUCCACUCGGACUGUUGCGCGCAGCCCAAACACUUUCAGGGCGCGCAGUGCUACUCCAAAAAGAGACGGUUGGACACAAGCGAGCAUGUGGCGGAGUCAGACUUGUACUUGUCGGACUUUGGGCCGGUGCCGUGCAAACGGCCGAGGACUGACGAGGACGCACUUUCAGACUCGGAGCCCUUGGACUCCACCAACAUCUCCAACCUGAUCUCGGUCUUGGGCUCAGGUGGACUCUCUGAGUUUGUCAGCUGGCAGCACGCGGACCUGGAGCAAAUAUUUGCCUCGCCAACUUUGAGUUUAAAACACACUUUGCUCACGGGCAGCGGGUGGACGCGAGCAAUCGAAGCAUUUUGAUUUGUAUUACGCUUUGCUUUGUGCUGUUUGAUUUGGUUGCUUGUUAAUAAAACAAACGUGUCACCAUUGAAACGCUUCCCUCUGCUCUGUUUUUGACAGAUUUCACAUGGAGACAAAUUCAAG